AUCUUAACCACGGUUUAUUAGAUUAACCCGUCUCUCUGCUCUGUGUCGAGUUAAGCCCCGAGUGAAACCAGCCGGAGUAGGGGUAACAAAAGGCAGACGAAUCGCGCCACUGACCUGCGGGAAGCGUACGGCGCAGCCCCCCCGUCGACGGAUCUGAGCCGGCGACGCGUCCGGCCGCCGGAGGUGGUGGUGGUGGUCUCGCUCCGUCCUUUUCCUGCCCUCCAGCGCCCAGAUCUGUCUCCCGCCGGGUAUCUACCAUUGAAUCUUGAGAUUGAGUGUUUCCAUUUUAUGCAGAUGGUGUAAAAACAUCUUCAUAUAUAACCCUACUGUUGAUUGCUUGGCAGCAGUCAGUUUGGAAUCUUCUUUCUUCCUCUUGCUACCUGCCUGUUUGGCUCUCUGGUGAGUACAGGAGAGGCCAAAGCAUAGCAAGGCGGCUCCUUUUAGCCAUUCUAUGUCCAGGGACUUGGACUGUCCUGUUCAGACGCAGAUGGCUGUUGCAAUCCUUGAUCGGAGCUUCAGCAGCGAAUAUCCUGCAAGCAACCUAGCCGAAGGAAAAUCAUUGAGCUGGAAGAGAGUGUUUGUUCAAACUGAUAAGGGUUCUGUCCUGGGCAUUGAACUGGAGAGGGGAGAAAAUGCUCACACUGUGAAAAAGAAACUGCAGAUAGCCCUGAAUGUAUCAACAGAGGAGAGCUCACUGACCUUUGGUGAUCUUGUUCUGAACAAUGAUCUCAGUAGCAUUCGCAAUGACUCGCCGUUGCUUCUCACAAGGAAUCAUCUGCAUCGGAGCAGCUCCACUCCUUGCCUCUCUCCUACUGGAGAUGUGCAACUGCGAGACCGUAGUGGGCCCAUUGCAAUCCUUGGUUGUUCAAGCCCUUCCUCUCAGCUGAAGCAGCUUGCUAAGGAUGUUGUGAAAGCCAUGAGGAAUGGCGUCGACCCAGUAGCUGUCAACAGUGGGAUGGGUGGUGCCUACUACUUCAAGAACAUUUGGGGUGAACAUGUUGCAAUUGUCAAGCCAACUGAUGAGGAACCAUUUGCUCCAAAUAAUCCUAAAGGCUUCGUAGGGAAGUCCCUUGGGCAGCCAGGCCUGAAAAGAUCUGUACGGGUUGGCGAGACAGGGUACCGAGAGGUUGCUGCUUACCUCCUUGACCACCGCAACUUUGCAAAUGUUCCUGCCACCAUGCUGGUCAAGAUCACACACACUGCGUUCAAUGUGAAUGAUACUGUUUGCUGCAAAAAUAAAGUGCUCCCCAACAAAUCACAGUCUGUGAGCAAGAUUGCAUCAUUGCAGCAGUUUGUCCCUCAUGAUUAUGAUGCCAGUGACCAUGGGACAUCAAGCUUCCCUGUAUCUGGAGUGCACAGGAUUGGCAUACUUGAUAUCCGGAUCUUCAACACGGACAGACAUUCGGGCAAUCUUCUUGUUAGGAAAGUUGGUCCCGGGGCUGACAAUUUUGGAGUACAGACUGAACUCAUUCCUAUUGACCAUGGUCUUUGUCUGCCGGAAUGUCUAGAAGACCCAUAUUUUGAAUGGAUCCACUGGCCACAGGCAUCCAUCCCUUUCUCUGAGGAAGAACUUGAAUACAUUGCAAAUUUGGAUCCUGUAAAAGAUGCUGAAAUGCUUCGCAUGGAGCUGCCCAUGAUCCGCAAGGCAUGUUUGAGAGUGCUGAUGCUAUCAACAAUAUUUCUCAAGGAAGCUGCAGCAUUUGGCCUUUGCUUGUCAGAGAUAGGGGAGAUGAUGAGCAGGCAGUUUACUGGGAAAGAAGAAGAGCCAAGUGAGCUUGAACUUCUUUGCAUGGAGGCAAGGAAAUGGAUCGAGGACAUAGAGCUAUUUCUUCCAGAAGCCGGAGUUGAAGAUGAUGAUGAUGACUUCACCCAGUUCUCUCUUGAUGGCGAGGAUGAUUCAGAUGCAUUUGAAUCACCUGCAUUCAGCAACUUAGGGCCCAUGAAGGCAAGUCACAGGAAUCCAUUGUCAAAGUUAGACGAGUGUGAUGAGGAAGAUGAUGACAGUGGCAAGGGGACGAUCAAUGAUGACGCUGACCCACUGAGCGGUACAUUUCCUCAGAUGAUCCCUUCUAUCUCAAAGUUAUCAGCAUCGCUGAAGGGGGCUGGUUUCUUUGGAAAAGCUAAACCCUACCACAGAGGUAUUCCAAAGAGCAAGGUGACUGCUAAGACUAACUCUAGCGGUGAAGGUAGUAUGCAUCAGUCUGGGAGCAGGAGCGCAAAUGAGAUGCUCCCUCCCAGCGCCAGUUUUGUGAAGCUGUCAGACAUGGGCCCCGAGGAGUGGAGUGCAUUCCUUGACAAGUUCCAAGCGCUGCUCCCGGGCGCUUUCCGAGCCCGGAAGCACACUGCUGGUGUCGGCCCGCGUCCAAUGCAGAGGCUGGGAACUUCCUGCCAGUUUUGAAAGGAGUAGAAGAGAAGCUAUAUACCAAAGGUAAUGUAGAGAAGACUGAGGUGUGCAGCAGGCAGCAGCAGCUGUUUCCUUGGCGGCUACCCUCUACGCCUGUAGGUGUUUGGACUAUGGAGAAGAUAGAGGUGGUUGGAUAAAUAAGACCGUCCUUGACAUAUGAUCUUGCAGGAGUGUGUGUUGUGUUUGUGUAUAGGUUUUUGACGUAUGGGAUGGUUUGUUCUUUCAUCUGUAUAUAUAUGAGCACCUCGCUAAAUCUCGGCUAGUACCUGAUGGUGGCGAGUGUUGCUGGCAUGGCCUCGCCGGUGUUUCGGCCUUGCCACUGUACCAUUUUCGAGACGCGUACCAUAAUAUGCACUUGGAUGUUGCUACUUUCUACACAUGUUCACAUGUAUAUAUCACCUCUUUACCUCUUUA